GCCCUUUGAGAUUGGUGCUGGCAUUGCGCCCAUCUGCAGAGGGUUAUGCAGGCUUAGAGAGCUGGGGCUCGCCUAGGGUGAAGGACCCCCCACCCACUGUGGCUCCAGCCCCAAGCUUAUUCUCUGUGCUGGCAUGUUCCAUAUCAACCUGAAUUCUCCUAACAAAGGUCUGUUGUCCGACUCCAUGACGGAUGUCCCUGUUGACAUGGCAGUGGCUGCCCAGACUCCUGCUGUCGAGGGUCUGACGGAAGCUGAGGAGGAGGAGUUGAGGGCCGAGCUCAUGAAGGUAGAAGAGGAAAUUGUCACCCUGCGCCAGGUCCUGGCGGCCAAGGAGAGGCGCUGCGGAGAGCUGAGGAGGAAGCUGGGCCCCUCUGCUUCGGAGGGCCUGAGGCAGAGCCUGUCCAGGAGCUGGCGCGACGUGCAGGUCUCGAGCGCCUAUGUGAAAACUUCUGAGAAACUUGGAGAGUGGAAUGAGAGAAUGACCCAGUCGGACCUCUACAAGAGGACUCAGGAGACUCUCUCUCAGGCGGGACAGAAGACUUCAGCUGCUCGGGGACAUGAGGUCUCUUAG